GAAAGGCAGAGAGAGAGAGAGAGAGAGAGAGAGAGAGAGAGAGAGAGAGAGAGAGAGAGAGAGAGAGACCCCAGCAGUCCGAUCGUUGGAAAGCGCUCCCGUAAACUUUUUAUUUUCCAUUUGAUUUGUCGUGAACUGGUUUGUAAACCAGUCGGAUGAGGUUUUCUAUGAGAUUUUCCGAGACCAGACACUUUUUGUGUGUUGUAUCUCUCUCUCUCUCUCCCUUUUUUCUUCUUUUUGGUGAUUUGGCGCCGUUUGGAGCAGGUGGAGAAGCGUUUCAGAGAUCAACAACCAGCUGAGAGGUCUGUAGUCCAGCAUUGGUGACGUCUUUGAGUCUUUGUUAAGAUCCAUCAUCGGACGUUUCUCAGACUCUCCCUGUUUGUCUGUCUGAACAGGUGCUGUAAGGAUCCCAGUAGCCAUGGCUGCCAACGUUACUGGUUGCGGCCCUAACUUGAACUCCCUCUAUUACAACCUUUGUGACCUGAAUGCCGUGUGGGGCAUCGUGCUGGAGGCCUUGGCGGCGGCUGGCAUUGUCUUCUCCUUUGUGCUUUUCAUCUCGCUGCUGGCCAACGUGCCCUUCACGCAAGACAAGAACCGCAAGAGAUCGGUGGCCCUCAACACCUGGUUCCUGAUUUGCACCGCCGGUCUCUUCUGCCUGACCUUCGCCUUCAUCGUGGGAAGGGACUUCUCCACCUGCGCCUCGCGGAGGUUCCUCUUCGGGGUGCUGUUUGGCGGCUGCUUCGCCUGCCUCCUGAUGCAGUGCGUGAGGCUGAACAUCCUCGCCAGGCGGGACAAUGGGCCCCGAGCCUGGGUCUUAUGUCUAGGGGCACUGGGGCUAUGGCUGGUGGAGGUAGUCAUCAACACGGAGUGGCUGAUCAUCACAGUGGUGCGCCACCCACAGGGGCCACUCAACGCCACAGCCGGAACUAGCAGAGCCACGGCCACGCCUUGCAACAUCGCCAACGAGGACUUCGUCAUGGCGCUGAUCUACGUGAUGACCCUGAUCCUCGCUGUAGUGGUGGCAAGUCUGACCGUCAUGGCAGGCAAACACAAUAAGUGGAAGAAGGACGGCGCCUUCAUCCUUCUAACCAGCUUGUUCUCAGUGGGUAUUUGGGUGGCGUGGAUCGUCAUGUACGUCUACGGGAAUGGGAAGACAGGGGGCCCCACAUGGGAUGACCCCACCUUGGCCAUCGCUUUGGUGGCGAACGCAUGGGUGUUCCUGAUCCUCUACACCAUUCCUGACAUUUGCAGUUUGACCAGCGACGAUGAAAGCCAGCAAAGCCUCGGGCAAGAUAUGUACCCGAGCCGAGGAGUCGGCUACGAGACCAUCCUGAAGGAGCAGAGCUCCCAGAACAUGUUCAUGGAAAAUAAGGCUUUCUCUAUGGAUGAGACCAACCAAGGGUCCAAGCCGGUGUCUCCAUACAGCGGCUACACCGGUCAGCUGCGGAGUUCAGUCUACCAGCCCACUGAGCUGGCAAUCAUCAGCAAAGGAGUGGGAAAUCACCCUCCGGACGUAUCCUAUACCACAGCCAUUCCCAGAGCCUCCACCCACUCUGCAGCCAACAGCGGGAGCAGCACGCUCUCAGCACACACCGAGAGCGGGAACACCGCACACACACAGACAAACGGAAAUAGCGGGAACGGCCCGCAUAGGACGGUCCAGUGGUGAAAACACCCGUCAGAAUAACUCUGAGUUCAUUUUCACCUGCUGACUGUAUGUUUGCUGUUCUCCAUCGUUCCCUAAGCUGGUUCUAAGAGGAAUCCUUCAGCCCAGACCCAGCCCAUGUGGAGGUGAACGCUGGGUCACCCUCCCACACUGAUGGAAAACAGCUAAACCUUUCUAUUGAAUGUAUUUUACCAAUGUGACGCUGGGUAUCAGAUGGUGUAGGGCUUCAUUUGGAAGUCAAAGCGAGAGGAUUUGCUGAGAACAAAGACUUUUUGCUGUGACUGUGAGCUCUCUGCCGGAGCCAAUCACACAGAUGAAGAGUGACGGACGAGCUAACAGCGCAAAUAUAACAUUCACGUGCACACACACACGUGUAAAAAAUGCACCCCCUUUUUCCCUCUACACACACCAUAAACAACCUUUUAUAGCCUUUACUGCAGCAGCAGAAACACUGGAAUAAAAACACACUAUUAGAAGGAUUGCAUUCACUUCCACACAAAAGAAAUAUUAUGCACAAGUGUAAUUAUAGGAGUCAAUACAUUUUUUUGUGCCUGGAUUGUGAAUAGUGUUUAUAUCCACCAAGUUAACACGUCAAAUUGAGCUACUGGUGUUGAAUUAAUAAGUAAAUAUAUGUUGUUAAUGUGUCAAUAGUUCUACACUGCAUGGAAGCAUUGUGUCAAUAUGUAUAUUUAAUGGUAUUUAUAGCACCAGUGUGUGCUAUUUAAUUAUUUUAUCUCAUUUCUACCAAUCAAACAAUCACGGGAACAGAGAGCUGAAAUCACGCCUGUGAUUAGCUUGUUUCUCUCUCUAUUUUAUUUCUAUUUUAUAUCAUUCUUCCUAAAAAAACAUAUUAUGUGAUGCUUUCAUGUCCAUAUAUUCCUAAAUAAAUAUGUAUCUACUGCUUUACUUGGCCGUACAAUUUGAGAAUCUUGUCAUUUUAAGUUAAAUCUUAAAUAAGUCUGAGUCUUAAGCUGUGUUCGAAACUGUUCCCUGUCACGGAAAUAGUGCACUAUGUAGUGUGUUCGCCAUUUUGUAGUGGUGUUCGAAUUCUCCGUGGUUAAUUUCAUUCACUAUAUACUUACUUACUUACUGCCCAUUAUGCCUGUUGGCAUGUAGGGCACCAACAAAGGAUUCAGUGUAAAUGUAACAUGCAACAUAUAUAAUAUACAUUUUACUAUUCUCCUGAGUGCUCGGCUUCUUUCACGGACGUUUUAGAAGUAUUUUAAUUUCGGUUUGUAUACAUGAUGUUGGGCGCCGCGCACCUCUGUCACACAAAUAACCGGCGCAUCUCCUGAGGCAAAGUCACGCAACGAUGUGUUUUCAGUGAGUGUCCGAAAUCUCGUUUGGUAGUUCCCUAUAUAGUUCACUAUUUAAUAAAACACUAUAUAGGGAAUACUGAGUGAGUGAAUAAGGGAACGGGGUUGAGGGUUUCAAACACAGCUUUAGCUACAGAAGCUCCAUCAAAGCCUCAUGGGAGUUGUAGUUGUUUAUUCUUGGCUGGACUCAAAGCUUACUACCAUCAUGCAUUGAGCAGACAGAAAACUAAAAUUUAAUUUAAUGGAUUUGUCAUGUUUCAUCAUUUAUUCUUACAAAUCUCAGAUCUUUGGCUUCUCUGAGCCAGAGCUUGUUUCCUGAGCCAACAGUCCAAACCAGAUAUAUGGGGUACCUUCUGGAUGUCUGUUGGAGGAAAGGAACCUGAAUAUGUCUGCAUCUUACUACCAUCUUCAUUAAUGAUCAAUCUGUCAUUUUUCAUCAAUUAGUCUCAAAUAUCUCAGAGCAUUGUCUUCUCUGAGCCAGAGCUUGUUUCGUCUAAACAGUCUAAACCAAAGAUAUGCAAUUCAUAAAGAAAGAAAACAGGUUGCAGGUCGUUGUCAUUAACCUUUCGCACAUAUAGCUACGAAAAGUAAUGCACUGUAAUUUGCACGUAUUUAUUAACUGUAUGUACUGUCACUGUAAUUUCGUAGGAUAUAUGAAUUGUUGUGCAUAAGUCUUCGUACAAUAUCAUGCAAACCCGUUCAUGAGAAUGUGGAGACAGGAAACAACAGACAUAAUGUUGUUUAUUUAUGGACAGAAAACAUUAUUGUCAUGUUUCAACUUUUAGAAAGACAAAUGAAAGAAAAGCUUGAAGAGAUAAUAGAUUGUCUGGGAAUGAUCUCACAAACAGGACGAGACUCCAGCUGUUUAUACAUUUUUAUUUUAAUGUAUUCACAUGUUUUGACCACAGCCUUUAUGUGAUUUGUCUUUAAUAUACAGCAAAUAAAUAUUCACUUGUGAUGUUAUGAA